ACCUAUAAUUAAAACUGUUAUCCUAUAUAGUUCCUUGAAACGAGAAGAGAUGCUUGCAAACACGGUGCUGCGACAAAUUCCAAGAGCGGCAGGAAAUACGUUAUCGUAUCUUACGAAAUGCGAUAUACCUACAGAUACCACGUCAAUAUGAGAUCUCACGGAUUAAAAAUCAUUUAUAAGUUCAUCUUCCAAGUAUAUUAAAGAAUAUUAUCAUUGUUAAACUGAGGUGUAGAAUGGUCUCUGCUGUCUUUGCUAUCUUCUGGGAAUCUUCAAGGUUGCAGGUGUUCCACGGGUAUCAUUUGCUAACACUAUAAUUUUGCAAACACCAUGGAAAUAUACGUUUCCUGCAAAAGCGUGCAAGUGUCAGGACAAUGGUUGAUAUGUGUGUGAGAACGUCCUUGAUGUUAUUUCAGAAUCCCUCUUUUGCUAACUCCAACAAAAACCUUCACAUAUAUACCUAGGGGUAGUCAUAGUCAUUUUGCAGCACAAGUGUUAAUCUGCACGUUAUCGUCAUGUCUUCAACCAAACGCGCCAACAACAAGUUGACUUUAAAGAAAAGUGCAACGAGUAAGAAGCCUUACAUAAAUGCCUGUGGGGGUGGUGGACGCUCAAUCUUAAAGAUCGCCUUAGAAAAACCUACAAAGUUAUCCGAUGGUGAUGUGAUCAACCUCCUCACGGAAGAUAAAGAAGGACAUCCGGAAAGAACAAUAGCUACCACCACCACCACCACCACAAAUGAACUGGAAGAUUUUCUAAAAGAAUAUGAGGGAAAUUUCAAUCAUGUUUACGCUCCUCCAAUUACAACGAUUCCUCCAUCUCACAUGAGACCACCGGUGAUAGAUCCCAGACAUGGCCAGCAACAACAACACCAACAACAGUUAAGACAGUCAGUAUCCAUCAGUACAAAUAUUGGAGCAUAUUAUAAUUCCUGCGCCGCUACCCCAGGCAAAUACUCAAACGCAGCCGUCAGAAAUGGUAGCUUUACAUCCACAAUCCGCGAUGGGUGACAUGCAUCAAUUUCCAAAUAAUCCAGCUCAACAACAACCAAAUUUACCACUACAGCUACCUGUAAAUAACGGCGGCAACAAUCACUUUCAGUAAGUUACUUUUAUUCUACAUAUAAUCUAUUUUUAAUAUUGUUUCUCUUAUUGUUACAGUGCCCCGUUGCCUAGGGGGGAAAAAGAUAUGCAAUUACUAAGAGAAUUUUAUGAACACGUCUCGCCGCCGUCUUCAGCAGCCAUCGACCAAGAAGAGGCGCCACCACCACCACCGCCGCCGCCAUCUCAUGAAUCGCCCAGAUGGCACGAGCCGUCCACACCCCAAGAGCUGGCGAUGUUAUCAAUGGGGUGUCUGGAGAAGAUGCUGACAAUUUUCCAGGCCAGACAAAGAAAUUCCCAACUCCAGACGGAGCGUUUAGAACGGGAAUUGGCUGCACCACGGCUUCAAGAUGAAAACCUGCAUCGAGACAUGAAGUUUAUUAUAAAUUACAUGCAAUUUUUAAAGAAUAGCUAAUUUUUCUUUUUAAAUUUAAUUUCACAUUUGUAAUAGUAGGUACUUCGGUAGGUACUUACGAGUAAUAAGUAAAACAUUAAUGUAAUGUAGCUAAUUUUACGUAGAAAAUACAUGGAUUAUUUAAUGCGAUUGUUGAUAUUAAUUAAUUUAGUUUACCUGCCACAAACAUUCACGGUAUAACUUUAAAUGCAAUAUUUACGUACCUACCUGAGUUCGAGUGAGAAUACUAAUCGAAUUAAUCAUUAUCACAAAGAAACACCAAAAUUAUUUUCCACAACACAUCGCGAAUCGGCGAAUAUCACUGUGCAAUGAAAUGAGUGCAUACGCAAGUCGACAUAAUGCGAGCUGAUAAUUUUCUAUUUUUACCAAAUGCGCGAUACCAAGCAGAACGUCUAUUCACG